CUUCAGCCGGAUGGCAGGGAUUUCAUUCUCUGAAAAGGACUUACUUUGUCCUCAAUGCUCUGAUAUUUAUUACCUUCCUGUUCUCCUAAAAUGUGGCCACAAUAUUUGCAGAUUUUGUUUACAGAAAUUCUGGGAAUGGAAAGGAUGCAAAGAAUGUCCUGUGUGUCGCACUGUGUCUGUCCCUGGGAGGCCUCCUAUCAAUUUGGCACUAAAGAUAGCUGCGGACAAUUAUCAAGAGCAAAAGACCAUCGGGAAGCAAGACGUUUGUCAUCUUCACAAAGAGAAGCUGAAGAUUUUUUGUCAUAAUGACCUGGAGCCCAUCUGUCUUGUCUGCCAAACGUCAAGACAGCAUAAAGUUCAUGAAUGCUGCCCAGUGGAGGAGGCUGCAGAACAGAAAAAGGGAGAAAUUUCAGCGAUGCUGGAGUCCUUAAGGAAAAAGCUCAUAACACUGAACAAGACCAAGGUGGACCGGGAGGAAACCAAAAACUAUAUACAGAGCCAAGCUAAUCAAAGUGAGGAAGCGAUUAAGGAGGGGUUUCAGAAGCUACACCUAUUCCUCAGGGAGGAGGAAAACAGUAGACUGAAGCUGCUCAAACAGGAAAAGGAAAUUAAGACCCAGGUGAUGUGUGAGAAGCUGGAGAACAUCAAGGACCAGAUCAAAACCCUCUCUUCCACCAUCAGUGAUAUUGAGGCAUAUCUCAGAGCAAAGGACUUACCAUUUCUACAGGACUACAAGGACAUGAAGAAACGGGCCAAAUGCAAUAUUCCAGAGCCAGAAUGUAUCAGAGAUAUCCUGAUCAACUCUGCAAAGCAUCUGGGAUCACUUAAGUUUAGAAUUUGGAAGAAGAUGGCCAACAUCAUCACAUGUGCUCCCAUCACUCUGGAUCCAAACACGGCCCACUCCAACUUAAAGUUCUCUGAAGAGUUGACCAGCGUACAACACAGCAGUAAGCAAGUCGUACCCGGUAACCCUGAACGCUGCACCAGCCGUGUGUGUGUGCUGGGAGCCACCGGCUACACAUCUGGGAAGCACAGCUGGACUGUGGAGGUGGGCCAGGGCAAAGACUGGUACAUCGGAGUAGCCCGAGAGUCCAUCAAAAGGGAGAGUACCGUCUUCCUCAACCCGACUGGGGGUUUCUGGGUGCUCGGCCUGUGCAAUGGGGACUCAUUCUGGGCUGAGACCUCGCCUCGGACCAAGCUGGUGUUGAAGCAGAAGCCAGAGAAGAUUACUGUGCAGCUGGAUUAUGACAAAGGAAAGGUUGUUUUCAUCAACGCUGCUGAUUUGACAGUAAUACACGCAUUCAAAGAUAGAUUUACAGAGAGGAUUUUCCCCUACUUCUCUCCUGGAUUGUAUGAAAAUGCAAACAACUCCAUCCCACUGACAAUCUGUCCUCUGACAGUAACAGUGGAGGUAAAGUAGACUCGCAUACAGUAGACACGGGACAGUAGAGCUGAAGACUUUAGUGAGUGUGUGUUGUUGAGGGUGCUGCUACAACUGAUAAAAAUAACUAACAAGUUGUAUAGUUUCAAUACGUAUUUCAGAAAAAUAAGCAGCAAAUUGUAUAAAACCCAUAUUCUUUACUAUGAAGGUUAGAAGGGCAACACAGUAUAUUUGAUCAAACAAGACAUUUUCACACAUUUGUACAGUUUAUUCUUGCUCAGAACAAAGUCUCUAGUUAUGUUCAUUUACAGAGUGCAUUUGCUAUCAUUAACUGUCGUUCUCUUUGUUUUUUGGUUUCCUCUGUGAUGACAUAUCUUUCAAUUUAGAGUCCAGCUUCCUUUGCAGAUAGGCUUUCUUAUUGGGGUCCAUGGAUUUGUCUUUCUUCCCACUCCCUGCGUACAGAACGCCUUCUUUGCUUAUUCUCAUCCGAGCAUGAGACUUGGCUUUAUCUCCACAGCCGUGAACCUAAAAAGGGUUUACAACAUGACAAUCAAAUCAGAAAAACACGACAUGGCACUCAGCUUGUCGUGCUUAAAAUGCCAAAAACAUACAUUAGAAAAACUCAACAGCAAUGUCUCUUUGCAGAAAUCAUGACCCGGUUACUCAGACAAUCCACAGACCUCAUUGUAAGCAGCUUAAUGUAGGAACUAUUUUCUUUCAACCAUAGUUGAAUAGCCCCACAAGCCUAGCGCCAUGUUGUCAGUCCAUGAGAAGGCAUCUCUACGGCUGAUAUCUCCAAAACUAGGCAACUCACACCAAAACAAUCUAGGUUGAUAAUUAGCACUACAAGUAAGACAAAAGAUAUGUAUGUUAGCUGUCACUUAUGCUGAAAUCAAUGCACAGCCUUUAAUAAACAAAAACUACAUCCUUUCACUGUCAUGCAUAUUUAAUACAGCGACGGUCUAAUAAACACACAAACUAAAACAACUACUAUCUGGUUGGUCUGUUCCUGUCUUACCUCUGGUAUAUGAUGACUGAGACAAUACUGCCUGUUGCAGAAGAGGCAGAGCUGUCCGAGUGUCAGCAAAGAAGCUUUACACCUGACAAAGCUGCACACCCUUUCAGCCUUUAUGACAGCGUUGAUGAGUGUGUCAAAGUCAUCGUCUGGAGCUGCAGCAGCAGCGAUGCCGCAGGCGCCGGCCUUCAUUCGGUUCUUUUCUGGUAAAGAAAUAUUAAGAGUCGAAUUGUUGCAUACACAUUGGAGCAGACGGCUUAAAAUAACACUUAAAAUGAGGUGUUUCUAUCACAAACCUUUAGCAGGCUUGGGCUUCUUUGAUGACUGGGCCGGAGCUGGUGGGAUGCGUUUCUGUUGCUGUUUCUGUUGAGCAUGUUCUUCCCUCUUCUGCUGCUCCCUCUUCAUCCGCUCCAAAUGUAAACUUUUCAGGUCUGAUGGAGGUUGACACAGCAGCUCUCUUUGGGGAUCAGGGAUUGUUUCUUCUUCUUCUUCUUCUUCUUGUGUUGGCCUCUCAGCUGGUGUUGACACCAGAGGCCUGGCGACCAUGAUACACCGGCCUUUACCCUCCCCUUUACUCUCAUGCACGAGGCCCAGCUCCUCAGCGAUCUGGUGGACCAGCAGGCGGUCAUGAGAGUUAAACGAUGAUGGGAACUGUAGUUCUUUCUGACUUAAGUCCUUUAGAAAGCUCUCCACCUGCGCUCUGAUCUCAGCACACCUGUUCUUCUUCUGCUCCUCCUCCGUCAGUGCCGUCAUGCAGGACGUUAUGUGCUUCUCGGUACCAGCAGCAGUUUCAUUACUGCUGCUGCCAGUGGACUUCUUUUGUUGUUGCUUCGCCCUGCUCGGAGGCUGAUCUUUAACCUUCUGUUUGGUGGACGUGGAGCUGCUGGCAGACGCACUAGCCUUUGUGUCUUUGUGGUCACGGGUGUAGUUCUGUGGCACGAUGUCCUGGAUGUACUCAAAUGCCGUUCUGACCUCGCCAAACUCAGUCAUAUGAUUGAUCAGGGACUUCAGGAAAGCAUGACUCUGGACAGUCUGGGUGUCGCACACAACAGCGACGUGACGUCUUGCACGUGUAACAGCCACAUUAAUCCUUCUGUCCUCUGCCAGAAAUCCAACUCCCCCUAAAAUAAAGGAAUGAACAAAUACAUGAAUGAUUGCUGCACACAAUCACUGUGUGGCAGAAAAACAGCUAAAUAAGUUACCCUUUCUGUUGGACCGAACCAACGACAACACCACCGCCUCUUUCUCCCGGCCCUGAAAUCCAUCCACGGACUUUAUCUCCAGCUCUGGAUGCCUCGCAGAAAGUUUCUGACGCAGAAGAUGGACCUAUUACAGAGAUAACACAUUAACAUACAAGUCAAUUAGUGCUUUUGAGACACAACUGUAAGGUCUUUUGAUUUUGUACGGAUUGUAUUUAAAUUGCUGUGAAAGUGUAGAUCUCUUUUUUUUUAAUUUUAAAUGGAAAUUUAAGUUCUGCAUUAUUGCUAUGACACGGUACAGUAGUAUUAGUUGAUGUGGGAACAUUUUACACUACAGUCCCUCAAACCAGUGACUUACUUGUAGAUUGUAUGGAGCAAUAACAGCGAUGUCUUUAGCUUUAACCCCAGCUCCAGUCAAGGCCUUUAUGUGCAGCUCAACAAUGUCUACCUCACCUGACGAAAUAAUAGUCAACCGUGUUAAGAGCCCACACUGACUGUAAUGAAAUGUGAUUUCUUGCAAUAAAAAUGAC